AUCGGUAUCGGCAUCGGAAUCGGAAUCGAAGAGGUCCCAUUAAUGAACCAACCAAGCAAGCCAACGAAAGUUAAAAUAAUAGAAUAAGCAAUACAGGCAAACUACUUAUAUAACGAACUCGCUUUAAUCGCACUUAGUGUUAGUCAAACAACAAAAAGGAACACAUCUCGACGUGUAACUUGGGGAAAAUCAACGCUUCAUAAAUUAACGAACUAGUGAAUAAAGAACCACGGACCAGCUAAUUUAAAGUACAUCCAUUUUGGGGACUCGAACCAACGGGGAGAAGGAUCUAGCACCACGGCGAAGGGCGGCCGUAAUGGGUGGUGGCUUUGCGGCGCCACCGAUUACAUUAGCCAGCAACCAGCGAUCAGUGGCUGCGGACCACGCCCCGUUACCCAUUCCGGCGACGGAUAUGCACGAGAAACUCCUGGAGAAGGAGGACAAGACUGAGAGGACCAAUCUGCUGGGCAGGUCCAAGGACAAACCGCCCAAGGACAAGCCGCCCAAGCAGUCCAAGUUUGCCGAACGUUUGCGUCGUUCAUUUCGACGCGGUGAUCAUCGAUCUUUGGAGAUCAAACGGCAGGAGCCAACGCCAGAGGAAGUGAAGGCCAAGAGUCGGGCCACUCCACCGCCACCGAGUAGUCUGCAUAAGGACAACAAUAACCGGCUGCCCUUUACCUUUAGCCAUUUGAAUUUGCCCGGUUUGGGUUUGGGUGUGGGUCUCGGUGGUCACAUCAAUCCUGCCCUGCUGCUCGACAGUCCGGACGAGUGCACUCCGCCGGAGUACGCCUAUCAGCAUUUGAGCAGCGUUGCCACCACCAAUUCGAGUACUUCCUUGGAGAGCAGCUGUGAAUUGGGUGAGCUGAGUGGCUCCCAGAAUAGUGUCUACUAUUGGGCCUCCAUGGGUGGCGAGGUGAGUACUUCGUCGGGGGGAGCAGGAGCAGCAGGAACGACAGGAACAGCAGGAACAGCAGGAUCUGGAGCAGGAGGAGUACCCAUCGAAAGCCAAGAUAGACGUCGACUGGAGACGCAGAGCAGCAACCGCAGUGAUCAGCUACCCAUUACCACAAACGCUUCCGCAGUUCCCGGGAACAGCAGUAGGAGUUGCAGCCUGACCAGCGAGAGUAGCUCCAUCCGGCUGACCCGACUUCAGAACUUCCUUUUCAAGAGCAGCAACGAGAGCUCCAGGAGCUGUCAGGGUCACUCCAACGAGGGAUUCACAGUGUCCUCGCACAAUUCCUCCUCCGGGGAGUGGGAGCAAUUGGGUGCCUAUUUGUCCAGUAGCAGUGGCGUGGGUGGCGGUCAUGACUUCCAGGGCGGAUCCUUUCCCGAGGAGAGCACGCCCGAUGAGACGGAUGGCACACUUCCGGUGGAGACCAGCAGCAGUGGCGGAGGUGGAGGCUACUAUCAGUACACCCUGACCUCGCCGAAUAAUCCCUUCCUGCCGGAGAUCACGGCUAGAACGUAUCACAGCACCUACAGCGAAGAUGGGACGGUUGAGGGUGGUGACCCGGCGACGGAUGACCUUCAGCUGGAUGUGAAUGUAAAGUAUGGAUCGGCUAGGGCAGGUACUUGCUCUGCCCAGCUGCCAACGCCUUCCUAUAGUCGAGCUGGAUCGCAGGAGUCGACGCACAGAGGGGGAGGACCACCUGGUCCCACGCCUAGUCCCGCUUCCAGUUCUUCCUCCACGCCGGGCAGGCAUCGAAGGAAGCUGUUCAGCUUGAAUUCACCCACCCGAUUGCUGCACCACCAGCAGCAGCAGGCGCCACAAAGUGGAGCCACCUCGGCCUCGCCACCAUCCGGCGGAAGUAGCAAUGAAGGCGGUGGAUCCAGUGGCAAGUUCAAUUCGGCGAGUUUGGUGAGAAGUUUGAAUCCAUUUCUGCCCAGUGUUACGUCACCGAAGAGGACGCCGCACAAACAGGCGGCGGUGACCUCGCCGGGUGCCGUGACCCCUGACCUCAGCACAAAGCGCGAGGAGUUCCUCCGGGCCACCAUGAAGAUCUGUUUGGUGGUCUCGCCGCCCAACAGCAAGCUGCAGCUGAAAUCGAAGAGUCUCACGCACUUGGAUGGCCUCGACUCGGGUGUGGUGGCCUGCCAGCACGGUCCUCCGGGAAUGGCCACCAGCACUCACACUACCACCACCGCCGCUGGCAGCACUACAGCUACGACUGGACUGUUCGCCACUAGUGGAGCACCAGGAUCGCUGGGCCGACAGGCCAAUGUGACUGAGAAGGGUGAAACGGCGGGCAUUUGUCUGUCUCCCUCGGCAGCAGCAGCACCACCACCACCCAACACCCAAGCUCACCCACCGCACCAACCACCCACAAUUUACACCCAGGCACCGCAGAUCGUGCGGCGGACGCCUUCGCUGAUGCUAUCACCCACGUUCGAUGAAACCAACACAACGACGACGGCCAGUUCGUCCUGCUUUGGUACCGGUCACUCCAGUGCCGGAUCCUGCCACCAGCACCACCAUCUGCACCAGCAAAACCACCAGCAACUGACUAGUAGCGCCAGCACCACCGGCACCACCACCACCAACACGGCAACUCAUCCGAUACCCUCCUCCAAACACUUUCAGUUCGUUGGCGAAGUGGCGGCCACAUCGUCCUCGACCCUGAGUCCCUACAGCACCACAUCCGCGGCAUCGGGUGGUGGAGCUAGUGGUGGUGGUGGUGGUGGAGGCGGCGGCUUAGCCUCCCCUGUCGGAUGCUCCACAUCCUCCGGUUCGACGGUGAAAAAGAAAUCCUCGUUCAUGAAGCGCAAGAAGCCACUGCUGACGCGCAGCGAGGUAUCCAGUUCCGAGUUCUUCUCCGUGUCAUUCUGCCUGGAUUCGUCGCAGCAUCCUGAUGAAGAGUUUAUACCUGCGACCAAGGGCGUAACACUACUAAACGCACUCAGCCACGCCCUGCGUAGGCGGAACCUCAGCUUUACACAAAUCACAAUUACGGACAAUAAUCCCACGCCCAGUUUUUUAGAUGCAGGUCCUCCGCUGCUUCCCGUUUCCGUGGAUGAGCAGACCGACGUGGAGAGCCUGGCUGGACACCAUCUCUGCAUCACCGAACGAGGCAGCAACCGCAAGCCCCUGCAAAAGGCAGCAUCCUUUGGCUCCCGACAACCUCCGCCUCGACUUCUGCCCUCCGUUUCCACCGAGGAGACCAGUGAGUCGGGUGUGGCAGCCGGCAAGCAGAUCAAGCAGCGUUGGUCUUCCAUAUUCGGGAUCAAGAAUCCCCAGCAGAGUCAACUGUGCGAGCUGCUUAACAGCUAUGCCAAGAACGGAGUUCCCCAGCGGGCGGAUAGCAUGAACUUCAAUCAUCCGGAUCUGGUCAACUCACUGGCCUAUCUUCAGGAUAUGCACAAAUCGUGGCGGGACUUUGUGGAGAGUGAUGCGAUGAGUGAGACAGAGAUUAAGAUCCAGACGGCGAUUUGGGAGCUGGUUACCACCGAAGUUUAUUACAUUCACGCCCUGCAAACAGUGACGGAUUUGUUCCUGGCCUGUUUGGAGGCUGUUCAAGAGGAGCGACUGCUGAUCGAUGUGGAUCAAGCGCGUUUGUUUUCCAAUAUACGAGCUGUGUGCGAGGCAAACAUCAAGUUUUGGACAUUGUGGCUCUACCCCAUGGUGGCACAUAGUGUGAUCACACACGAGCCACUUAGAUGCGCUUUUUUUCAGGAGGGAUUCCUUGCCUUCGCCUCCACCUUUGCCCCCUAUAAGAUCUACUGCGCGGAACAGAGCACCUGCCAGUUCUACUGUAAAGAGCUUAACCAUAACAAUGCCCUCUUCACAUCCUAUUUGGCGUGGUGCGAGUCGCAGAAGAUGUGCAACCGCCUGCGACUCGCGGACAUUGUGGUGCGACCUAUGCAGCGACUGACCAAGUACAGCCUCCUUCUGGCGGCCAUUAAGAAGCACAUGAGUGAUGUUGAGGAGAUCGAGGCCAUAGACGUCAUGAUGCACAGCGUGGAGAACUUUGUGGGCAGUGUGAACAACCAUUUGACGAUGCGACAGGAGAGCGAGCGGCUCAAGGGCGUGAUGGUGCGGAUCGAGUCCUACGAUGUGGUGGACACCAACAACGAGAUGCUGGACAAGCUGAUCAAACAGCACAGCCAGAUGUUUGACCUCUGUGCCCCGAUGCGCGGAUGCCCUGCCUACCAUGUGCGCCACCUGUUCAUGGAGGGCGAUCACAAGUUCAAGGACAACCUCGGCAAGUCCGAUGUGCAUUGUUUCCUGCUCACGGAUUUGCUUCUGGUGUGCAAGACGAUCGCCAAGCGUGGAUUGGGUGCCCUGAAGGUCAUCCGACAGCCGUACCUAACCGAUCAGCUUAUUGUUCAGCUGGCGCCGAACAAUACGCUGAAUUGUGUGUACCUCAACGAGUUCCAGGUGGCCACUACGGCGUUCACGCUGCAGUGCACCGAGGCCAAGAACUGGUACGAUGCCCUGUGGCGGGCCAAGACGAUCUACCAAAGACUGAAGCGCGGAGGCGGUGGUGGUGGCGGCGGCAGCGGAAGCGGCACGGUGGGCGGCGAUAGUUUCCGUUUUGGUGGUAGUGGCACCAGCGGCGGCACUGCCGAUUCCCUUGGUGUCCGCAAAUCCCCAAUGAACUCCUCCAUCUGCAGUCACGUCUCCAGUGCGAACAACAGCCACAGCGGCAGCGUCGAGUGGAACGACUCCCGAAACAUAUCCGUCGACUUCGAAAAGACAAACUCGGUGUCCAGCGACGAGGGCUCCAGCAUAAUGACAGGCAACCACGGAGUGAACCUGAAGGGCAAGCAGCAAUUGAUCAGUGGUCUGCACAAAACGAAGAUGGGCAUUAUCGGCCAGAUGGGCUCCAAGUCGGCCAACACGCUCUCAGUGCAGCCAAUGAACCAUCUGGGCCAGAGUCUGCCCAACCUGAACAUGCAUCACAGCCACACUAACAAUACUCUGCUCGUGCCCGGCUCAACGACGAGCCACUCGGGCAACAUGUUGUUGUCGCCCAGCCACCGUGGCAUUUCCUACCCGCCGCCGAGCCCAACGAGAGUUCCUUUGCGCCGUGGCAUGGCCUUCUCCACGUCGACGAAGAAUCCGCCGCUGCGUAAGACCCGGAAUAUAACCUCCCAGAACAGUAUUAACUGGCAUCAGAUCCCGGCCACGCCCACACCGCCCAGCCCACGAUCACAGCACCAGUCGCCGGGGGUGGUGUCCAUGCAGAAGUCGCUGCCUCUGCUGCUCCCCAAUGAGGAGGGUCAGGGUCAGACACCGCCAACGCUGCACAAACAGCUCUCCCACCAGGCGCCCCUGCCCACCUCCAACCACAACCAGUCGAGCACCGAAACGGAUGUCUGAUGAGGAUUUGGUUGCCGAAACACAAAGCCGCAGAAUGUACUUAACCAUAGAUCUGUCACAAACUAUCAAGGACACUCCCAUAUCAAAAUCAUUUAGAAAAUCAUCUUUAAUUUGCAGUCCUAAAAAUUCUACAAAUAUUUAAUUUAUAUCCUUAAAUACCUCUUUAAUUUUUUAGUUCCAUAGAUUUUGUUUUUUGGGAUUAGUUUAAUUCAUUAAUCUUGUAUAGGGACUAGCUAAAAUUAAAGACGAUUUUCUAAAAUUGAACUAAUAUUAAACUUCUGAGUGUAGGACAUCGUGAGCUUGAAUUGUGAAAACCGCACUUUUGGGUCCAAAGCUGAUAUUGAACUUAUAUACAUUCCAUAACUAACUAAACACCCCAACCUUAAAACCUUGGCGAUAUGAAAUUUCAGAAUACAAAGCUCCGCACAUUCGCCAUUUUAAUCUUCCCAUAACGAUAUGAAGACAAAUAAAGUUUAACCGAACUAAAGUUAGUUGUACUUGUUACCAUAGAAUACGCAUAGUCCGAAUGCCAUAUAUACCGAAACAUACUUAGAUUGAUCACAAGCUUUAUGAAAGUGUUUCCAUACUAUUGAUGUAAGUCGUUACUUUCCUUAAGUAGGUAAAUCAAAUGUUACGAUCAUAAUAAAAAUAAAUAAACACGAAAAAAAAAACACAACACAUAAAUAUAUAUCUUACGGGCUGCUUAUUUUUUGCAUGUACCAUAGAAAUUUGGUUUUAGUACCUUACUUUAUCAAGUUUUUAAAAAAGUUAUCCUUUUAUUUGGUAUUCUUUUGAUAGAAAACUAAAAUAGUUUAAACUCAAUGUUACGAACCUGUUUGUAUACCAAAAUAGAGUAUUAGCCGAUCCUCGGUCAAAGUGUGUAUGUAUAAUUAUAUUUACUUUAGGAUCGAGAUUAAGUAAGCCGUAGUCUUCUUCCACAAGAAAGUGGUCUAAACCAAAGCACACACAAAGUCUUAUUGGGGUAAGUUGGGAUUGAACUCCAACUAACAUUAUGAUCUGUCAUUUAAGCUACAUUCAUCUGGGUGAUACAAAAACUCUUCAGAAAUCCAUUACUCUAAUUGACUAGCUCUAUUAAAAUAAAGUAAACUCUUUUUUCUGACCGAGUUAAUCCCCUGUCUAAGCCUUUCUUGGAACCCUUUACAAACUUACAUUGAGAACCAUCUAAGAAAGAUUAAAGGUUCUUCUAUUAUAGAUAUCAUAACUUAUUGGAACUUAGACUAAGACAUAGCUAAAGUUCUUCCUUCGAGUAUAAAUUCGAGUAAAAGGAAGUCAAAGAUUUGUACAUAUUAUCAAAGGGAAAGCGUGGCAUAAGUUCUAAAUUACAUAUAGAGACAAACGAAUACAUAUACACAAACCAUAUACUAGUAUAUGUAUAUAAGGAUUAUAUUUAUAUAUAUGUGUAUAUUGUAAAAUGUGUACUUUCGAGGAUAAUGAGUUGCAUGAUUUGCACACAAGUGAGAGCUAUAAACUUAAUUUAAUAUACACUUGCAAUACGAAAUGUUAACUGUAUUUUUAUGUACGAAUACUUAGGGCUGCAUAGGGCUGAGAUCGUAUUUUAGAGUCGUACUUAGUUGGAGGGCAUGGUAACCUUAAUCUAUAACGAGAUACAUUCGUGUACAAAUAUCUAACCCUCUCUAUGGCCUAGUCCAAAGAGUAUAUGCAUACAUACAUUUAGUACGUGGUACUUAGAAGUUGAACUUAAAUGUUAUUGCAACUAUAUCUAAUUGCAAUUUAUUUACAAAACAAAGAAAACACAAAAUAAAAUUGAGUAAAGUGCAAAAAAGCUUUAUUUACACGCUUGAACAAUAAAUAUCAAAAUUAUUUGUAAUGUAAACAACCAAA